AUCUGCGGUCGGGGUUUCCGCGCUGGGAGAGAGUUGAGUUAGAUGAAGAGGAGCUGAGCGAACGGAGCGGAAAACGCGCAAAAUAAAGAGUUAAUCUCCUUUAAUACCAUGAAGGCCACAGCGUUCCCCCGUGACCUGGGCUAAGUCAAGCUAAACCCACAUACUCACCUGUGUAGCGCAGGGUGAUGAGGAGGAGGUGAGCGGCUGAGCAGCAGAGUUCACCUGAGCUCAGGUAGCAGGACACCAUGGGGUCCACCCUCAGCGAGCCGUGCAUUUACGACAAGCUGUCGGAGAGCAUCGACAUCCUGCGGCAGUCCGGUUACCGGUACGGCAUGUCGGAGAGAGAGAUAGAGAAGUUCAUCAAGCAGGUUUUGGAGACAAACGAGCCACGGAGGGACCCGCCGCAGUUCCCUAUUCUCCGAGCCACCAUCAAGUUCGUUGUUGCUGUCAGUGUGUUGGUGAUAGCAGUGUUAGCCUUCACGUACCCCCAGAGCCUUCCCCACCCCGGACCCUUCAGCACCGGAGCGCACAACUGGUCCUCUCCACUCAGCCACAUCAGACUGUUAUCCCUGCCCAUCGCCAAGAAGUACAACCUGCACAGUUUUCAUGCGUGGUGGGGUGUGGGAGGUCUGAGGCAGACCCUGCUGAACUGUUCUGGCUGUGCCGGAGUGUCUGCAGUGCUGGAGCUGAACGCACUGCACACUGAAGCUGUACACACAGGAACACAGCCCAUACUGCUGAAGGCUGGUCAGUCUCUCUGGUUGCGGAGGCAGCAGUUAGAGGAGCUUUACACCACUCGGUCCGACUCGGUGGCGGUCCUGCUGGGAGAGGAGGAGCAGGUCAUGUCUCCAGAGGCGGGGUUCCCUCAGAGUCCGGCUAACUUCAGCUUGCUCUGGAGGUUUGACUCAGGUUCGAGGGAGGAGGUGUUUCAGUGGCUGUUCCCGAACGCUCUGCUCUGCCCCCUGGUGGAAGGUGCAGGAAUGACGCUACGGCGCUGCAGAGUCACUCACAGCACCGGCUCUCAGAGCAGAGGAGAGCGUGUAUUAGGCUGGCUGUUGGUGGGUGAUGGCGCCCCCACUGUCCGAGUGCUGCCGCUUCAUCGCUGCCAAACGCACUGCAGCUCCUUCAACCUGUGGCUCAGUCCAGGAGAUCUAGUGUACGCAGAUCCGCGCUACUGGCAGCUGGAGCUUUUCCCUGGCCGAGGGGAGAACAUAAUGUGUGACGGAUCAGCGCUCUGAGAGGAGGAAUCCAGAAAGAAAGGGAUAGAGAGAGAGUGAGAGAGAGUGAGAGAGAGUGAGAGAGAGUGAGAGAGAGUGAGAGAGAGUGAGAGAGAGAGAGAGAUAUUUCGCUGCUGGAUUCUGUAAGCUGCACAGGCUGCAUAUGUGGAGCCGGAACUGAUGCUAAUGCUAAACGAUCGAGAUCGUCACGAGGGAGUUUAAGAAAGACCACCGUGACCUGCUGUUGCCAAGAGCGCUCAGAGCCAACGAACGAGAGAAUGUACUGUACUGUUUUAAAUUCAGCCAGAUGUGAUUGAUUAACUGUUGCUUUAAUUGUAAAGUGGGAACAUGUUUUGAAAAAUCACAUUUUUGUCCACAUGCUGAAACGCUAAUGACGAUAGCGUGUCCGUUUGCUUGCUAGUGAACAGUUACGAUCUCAAAAAGACACAAAUAUGUGACUUAAAGCGGAUCAAAACGCCUCUUAAAACACAAGUUCA